UUGGCAACAGGAGGACGCGGGCGGGCGGACUGGGUUUCCCGCGCGUUCCUGGCACCUGCCUGCGGUGGGAGGCGCAGGCCGAGCCAUGUCGGAAAUCCUGUGCCAGUGGCUCAACCAGGAGUUGAAGGUGUCCCAGACCGUGAGUCCCAAGUCAUUUGCGAAGGCAUUUUCCAAUGGCUAUCUAAUUGGAGAAGUUUUGCACAAGUUUGCACUUCAGGGUGAUUUUGCAGAAUUUUCAGAAAGCAGGAUUUCAAGUGCCAAACUUAAUAAUUUUUCUCGCUUGGAGCCCACACUUCAUCUUCUGGGUGUGCAGUUUGAUCAAAAUGUGGCCCACAAUAUAAUCACAGAAAAGCCUGGGGCGGCCACGAAACUCUUAUAUCAAUUGUACAUUGCUCUCCAGAGAAAAAAGAAAGGUGUGCUGACUGGAGUGGAAAUGCAAACCAUGCAACCCCUGACAAAUACAAAAGUUCAAAGCGUGAAAAGCGAGACUUUUCGAGAUCAACACUUGAGCAGAAGACGACAAAAUGAAAUAAUGGCUAAAAUCCAAGCAGCUGUCAUACAGAUUCCUAAACCCGCAUCAAACCGUAUUGUGAAAGCACUUGACACUCAAAAAAUGUUGAGAAAGAAAAAAGAGGCAGAGGAUGUGGCCAAUGAGAUUAAGAAGUUUGAAGCAUUAAUAAAAAAGAAUCUCCAAGCAAAAGAAAGUGCAUCCAAGACUUCUUUAGAUACAACAGUCCAGACAACCGCUGAUUUGUUAAACACUUAUUCGGAUGAUGACUACAUUAAAAAAAUCCAAAAGCGCCUCAAAGAAGAUGCUUUUGCACGAGAGCAAAGGGAGAAAAGACGGCGGAGACUCUUAAUGGACCAGUUAAUAGCCCACGAAGCACAAGAGGAGGCUUAUCGGGAGCAGCAGCUGAUCAACCGGCUGAUGAGACAGUCCCAGCAGGAGCGCAGGAUCGCCGUGCAGCUCAUGCACGUUCGGCACGAAAAGGAAGUUUUACGGCAAAACAGAAUUUUCAGAGAAAAACAAUAUGAGGAAAGACGGCUUAAAGAUUUCCAGGAUGCUCUCGAUCGAGAAGCGGCUUUGGCCAGACAAGCCAAGAUUGAUUUUGAAGAACAAGCCCUCAGAGUUAAGGAAAUUCAUGAGCAGAUUGCCUUGGAAAGGGUUCAAGCUCAUUACAAAAAACAUUAUUCAAUAUGUGCAGAAAUUUUGGAUCAAAUCCUUGAUUUGUCCACUAAAGUGGCAGACUAUCGAACGUUGACAAAUAACCUGAUUCCAUAUAAGUUGAUGCAUGAUUGGAAGGAACUGUUUUUUAAUGGAAAGCCCAUAUAUGAGCAAGCAUCUCUUAAGCAUCUGCCAGCUAAGCUCUCUGCAGAACAGCUUAUAGAACUGGAGAAAAGAGACUUGCUAGAUAACAGUGAUUAUGAAGAAUAUAAGAACAUGGUUGGAGAAUGGGCCUUACCAGAAGAAAUGGUUGAUAAUUUACCACCCUCCAACAAUUGCAUAUUGGGCCAUGUGAUUCACAGACUAAUUGAAAGCUCUCUUCCUUCUGAAGUUGAAUCAACAGUACCUGAGUUACCUUCAUUUGUUAUAAAAGGAUGCGUGUUGGGGAAAACAUUUAGUGGAAAAACUACUGCUCUAAAGUCUCUAGAGAAAAGCUUUCCUAUUCAGGUACUUUCUAUUGACACUCUCGUCCAAGAAGCUAUCCAAGCAUUUCACAACAAUGAGAAGAGCAGCGGAGCCCUUCAGAAAGCAGCUGAAGAAAAGGCUGUACCAGUUAGGCAAGAGAGUAGUAAAGAAAGCCAGGCGUGUGUUUCCUCCCCAAAGGAUCUGCAAAAUGUAUUUUCAGCUGAAGCAUUACCAGAAACAGAAGAUAAAAGCAGACUUAGUACCAAUACUAGAAAAACAUCAAAAGCUGAAGAAGUCAUAGCAAGUGAUAGUUUCUCUGAACUCACUGUGCGUGCUCAGCUUGGUGCAAAAUCAGAAAAGUUGCUGAAGAAAGGAAAGAGCAUAUCUGAUACGUUGCUAGUCAGCAUCCUGGUAAAUGCUAUUAAUCAGAUACCUAUAUCUAAAGGCUGGGUCCUGGAUGGCUUUCCAAUGACAUUAAACCAAGCGAAGCUUCUGGAGGAAGCACUCACAGGCUGCAACAGAAACCUCAUAGACCUGGAGGGAAAGAAAUCACAAAUAUCCACACUGGCUGUUGACCCUACAACUUCCAGAGAAGUGCCUCUUCCCUCUUCUGCAUUUGAUUUUGUCAUGUUAUUAGAUAUUUCAGAUAAUUCCUCACUGAAUCGCAUGAAUGACAUCAUGGCUGAAGCAUUUUCAAGUAAAACUCCUCAUGAAGACAUCAAUCAACGUGUAGCUGCUAAAAACCAAGAUGUGGAUGAAGACCAGAAUUUAAGAGAUCAGAUACAGCAUAGAAUUGUUGGCUUCUUGGACAACUGGCCUUUAUUGGAGCAAUGGUUUACAGAGCCAGAAAACAUUUUGAUAAAAAUUAAUGCCGACAUAGAUAAACAGUCUUUGUGCCAAAAAGUAAAGGAAAUGUUUAUGACUGAAAUAAUGAAAAAAGAGAAUAAAGAAACCCCGCAUGGUAAUCCAGAAUCUCUUCAGGAAGGAAAAAGGAAGAAAAGUGAAACUUCGCUCAAAAGAAAAGGUUCUCCCAGAGGAAAAUAUCCAGGAGGGAAAGUUCCAGUAAAGAAAUCACCUGCUGACUCUACAGAUGUGUCACCUGCUCCAGCAGUGCCACCCCCAUCUAAGCCAGGAUCAGAAGAAUGGGUGUAUGUGAAUGAACCAAUUCCUGAGGAAAUACGAUCAUUUUUAGUACCUUACUGGAAACUGAUAGAAAAUUCCUAUAUAAAUUCCAUCAAAACAGUACUCAGGCACCUGAGAGAAGGCCAGCAUACGGUGAUUGCUUACUUAUAUGAUAUUAGAACAAGUUUCCAGCAGUCUCUAAGGUGUCCAGACCACAAGCAAGAUUUUGUAUCUCAGUGGCAGGCUGAUUUCAACUCCCUUCCUGAUGACCUGUGGGAUGAUGAGGAAACGAAGGCUGAACUACACCAAAGAGUGAAUGAUUUACAGGACCGCCUGUGGGACAUCUGUGAUACCCGCAAGGAAGAGGCAGAGCAGGAGCGUCUGGGCAUCAUUAACGAGAGCUGGUUGCAGGACUCGAUCGGAAUCGCGAUGAACCAUUUCUUCUCACUGAUGCAGGCAGAACUGAACCGUUUCCAAGAUACGAAGAGACUGCUUCAAGAUUAUUACAGAGGAAUGGAAUGUAAAAUCCCAACAGAUGACACUAAGAGAUUUACUCGAGUCCCAUUGGUCCAACUGGAUAGUAAAGAUAUUUUGGAAUCCCAGCUUAGAAUUCCCCUAGUUCCUCAAAGACCCAGUUCUCCAGAGUCAGCUUUAUCCAAACCAAAAAGAAAAGCCAUACUAAAGGGCAAGAUCGAUUACUCACUGGAAAACAUAGAGUUAAACUUUGAGACCAAUGAGAAGAUAGUGAUGGACACGUGGCAGCAGUCUUCUUUAGCAAUAUCUCACAUGGUGGCUGCUGAAAUUCAUCAGAGACUCAUGGAAGAAGAAAAAGAAAAGCAGCCAGCAGAGGCAAAAGAAAAACCUCCUCAGGUAGCUGCAAAUAAAAAAGUGAAAAAGGAGCCAACCAAGAAAAAAAAAGAGGACAAAAAAGGAAAAGAUAAAUCCCCACCUAUGGCAGAAACCACUCCUGUAAUAGUAACAGCAGAGGAGGCUGAAGAAAUGGAAAUAAAAAGCAAACUGAGGCUCAGAAUAAAGGAAGAGCAUCUUGCUGCCCUGCAAUUUGAAGAGAUAGCUACACAGUUCAGACUUGAACUGAUCAAGGUAAAAGCAUUGGCUUUCCUGGAAGAGUUAGUAACAAAGGCAGUUGAUGUAUAUAAACUCAUGGAAAAGUGGCUCGGUGAGAGGUACUUGAAUGAAAUGGCCAGUGUGAAAAAAUUAACUGAAGUAGCUCGCUAUCACAUUGAAACAUCAACCAAAAUUCAGAAUGCACUUUAUUUAGACCAAGAAGACUUCUGCAUUAAUGGCGAUAUAAAAGUCUUUCCAGACCUGUCUCCUCCGAUACGCCCUCCACCUGCAGAAAGGGAAGAAAAUGGCACCCUGACCAUCAAACAGCUUGGCAAUCUUCGGGAUCAGUUCUUAGAGAUAGCACCCCAAGGCACAAUAGGAAACAAAGCAUUUGCUGACAUUCUGCUGGAUUUGGUAACCCUGAACCUUGGAACAAACAACUUUCCUAGUAGUUGGAUGAACCUCACUCAACCUGAAUUGCAGGAGUUGACGUCCUUACUGGUAACAAACUCGGAGUUCGUGGACUGGCGGAAAUUCUUGUUAGUAGUUGCGCUGCCUUGGCCCAUUCCUCUGGAGGAGGAGCUCUUGGAGACCCUGCAGAGGUUCCAGGCUGUGGAUGAGGAGCACCUGGGCACAGUCACUUUCGAGCAGUAUAUGCAGGCUGGUCUGUGGUUUACGGGAGAUGAAGAUAUAAAAAUUCCAGAAAAUCCCCUUGAACCUCUGCCAUUCAAUAGGCAAGAGCAUCUUAUAGAGUUUUUCUUUAGAUUAUUUGCUGACUGUGAGAAGGACCCACCUCAGCUUGACUACACACAGAUGCUGCUUUAUUUUGCUUGCCAUCCAGACAGUGUGGAAGGGGUCUACAGGGCCCUCAGUGUGGCCACUGGGACUCAUGUCUUCCAGCCAAUUGAAAUGCCUCCUCUUGCUGCAGAAAAGACCGCCUCCUUUACUGGUAUGAGUCCCAUUGAGGAAUAUCCUGAACUUGAGGACAAUUUUAUAAGUGAAGAAAGGGAAUUACAAGAGGAAGGGAAGGCGAAGGAAGAAGAAAUCUCUGAAAAUGCAAACACGGAAAUGAUAUCCAUGGAAACACUACUCCAAGUGUUCCAAGGAGCAAACGAAGCACAGGAUGCUAACAGAUUUGCCAGCCACCAAAAGACAGAGAACAUGUAUUCAGAGAACUUUAUAAAAGUAUUUCAGGACCUAGGUUCCAAGAAUCUGGAGCCAAUUAAAAUUGCUGUUCUGCUGAAGCAUCCUUUUAUUCAAGAUCUGAUUUCAACUUAUCCAGACUAUAAAAUCCCUGAUGUUAAAAUAAUUCUCCAAAGGAGUGAGCAUGUACAAGGAAGUGAUGAAGAGAGGUCUCCUUCAAGACUCACAGAGGAAAAGAAAUGA